UGCCGUUGCGCUCUUUGGAAUGUAUCCGCUGCGAGUAAUGGCGAUGGGGGAUGAUGCUCUGCUCUUUUGUCACGUUCAAAGUAAAGAUUGAAAGUGCGAAGGGAGAGAUGGAAACCACGGUGGCUCAGGAGGGGUUUCUAAACACCUCUGGAAGGUGAUGAAAACUAAAAAUGAAUCUGCAGGUGCUGUAUUUCCAGAUACAGGCCUUUGACCAGGAAGUGGUUCCAGUUUAGUGGGCGCCAUCUUAUCCGGGAUCCGCGCACGCGCGACCAAACGUCACAUCGUGAGUGGAGUUCCAACGGUCUCAGCUGGGUCCUAGCGCCAGGCGUGUAACCGUAAUUAACAAUGGGGUUUUCAGCAGCUUCACCCAUUCCCAGCCACAGCUGACCUAUGCAGCCUCGAGUUGCCAUGGGCCUUGGAUACAUUCAGUUGAGUGGCUGUGGCUGCAACUCCUGAUACGUAGGAGAGCUGAACUUCUCGUUUUGUGUCACUUCAGCCCUGAUUUCUCAUCUGUGGCUGCUCAACGUGGAGAAGAGUUGAGGAUUGGGAGAAGCUGAUUUGUGAAUGGCAAAUGCAAAGUAAACAUCACUAGUCAGGAUCUGAUUAUCAUCAGCUUUUCAAUGUGGAAAUAGAAAUGCUUGCCUCUUCUGUCUGUUGGGGAAAACUUCAUCGUGAGACACAGAAACACCCAAAUGAGAAUGUUACCGUGCACUGACUGUGUAAAGAGCUUUAACCAAUUACGAUGCCUGAAUAAGCAUUCCACCAUUCUCAACCCAGAGAAAUUACACGUUUUUUAAUGUAAAAGAGGUUUCAGCAAAUCAUCCAACCUGGAGAGACACAAAGACACCAGCACCAUGGACAAACCAUGGAAAUGUGAGUACUGUGGGAAGAGAUUCAGUUGGCCAUCCCAGCUGGAAAUACAUGGACGCACUCACACGGGGGACAGGCCGUUCACCUGCUCCAAGUGUGGAAGAGGAUUCAGAGAGUCAACCAACCUGCUUGCUCACCAGCGGGUUCACACUAAUGACAGACCUUUUAAAUGUUCAGACUGUGGAAAGUGCUACAAAUGUUCUGGGGACCUGAUGUCCCAUAAACGUGUUCACACCAAUGAGAAACCUUUCAGGUGCUCUCACUGCAAGACUGGAUUCAGAAAAUCAUCUGAACUCUGUGUACAUCAGCGCACCCACACUGGGGAGAGGCCAUAUACCUGCUCUGCAUGCGGGAAGGGGUUCAUUAAUUCAUCCAACCUGUUGAGACACCAGCGAGUUCAUUCUGCGAAGAGAACUUUUAAAUGUUCUGACUGUGAGGAGACUUUUAAAAGUAGCAAUAACCUGCUGAGACACCAACGCACUCACACUGGAGAGAAGCCAUUCACCUGCUCUGUGUGUGGGAAAGCAUUUACACGAUCAUCGACCCUAGUCACACACCAGCGAAUUCACACUGGGGAGCGACCAUUCACCUGCUCCAUGUGUGUAAAGAAAUUCACAUGUGCAUCUCACCUUCUGAAACACCAACGCACUCCUACAGAGGACAGGCCAUUUAUUUGCUCUGUUUGUGGGAAGGGAUUCACUGAGUCAUCCAAUCUGCUGCAACAUCAGCGAGUUCACAACUGACUGGGAGUCAGAUUCUGACAGUAUUGCUGCUGGUCGUUACAGCCAGGACUGAACUAGCAAGUUGAUCUUGAGGAGAGCAAGAAGUGCGUUCCAGCCAUUUUCUUCCAUGGCACAGAAAUCCUAGCCCUUGAUCAGAAAACCCUUUACAAUUGUGUAUAAAGUCAGAAAUAACAAUGAUGAAAGCUGGAAAUGUGCAGUCAAAUCAAAAUUUAUGUAGAACGAUGACCUUUCCUGGCUGGAAGUUAAUGGGCACAUUUCUGCUUUCCGUACAUUAGUAAACACAAAACUGGAACAAAACCUUCCAUUGCUAAUAUGGCAUCUCUCAGCCUUCUCUUUUCCAAGGAAAAGAUCUUCAGGCUUUCCUAGUGAGUAUAACCUAUUCCUUCAUGUGAUAUUUGUGGUUGAACUUUUACUUUCCUAGCCUUUGCGAAUUACGACACAUUCAGAAAUGUUUCAGAUCUGAGGGAUUCAGAUUGGAAUAUUUAUAUUUACAUCAUUCUCUCUGUGUCUGUUGGCUUAACCACUUAACCAUAGGAGUUUGCUGUUCGACUGUUGUCGAUCAACCAACAAGCAUUCAUUAGCUAAGCACAUUCCACUAAAAAAGAAAACCAAUUUUUCUCUUGCAUCUUUUAGAUCUUUGUGCUAUUUUAUCCUGGUAACAUUUUAAAUCAAACCCAUACACCUCAGUGAAUCAAGUUUAUAUUUUUAAAAAUGCGGAACUGAAUGUCACUGAUGCACACAGAGGAAAUACAAACAUAACUGCUGAGAAUGAGAAGAGCUCAGCAAAACAAACACCUGGAAAGUAAGGACAUCCCCAACUUGACUGUGAGCACACAGCUCAUGAAAGAUUAAAAAUAGAACAGAAUUAUUGAAUGAAACACCUCCCAGUACUGUGUACUUAACUAUCUAGUGAACUCUUAAUGUUUGCGAACUAUGCUCAGUCACUUAGAAGUGAAAAGUUUUAAAAGCUCAGUUAAUUAUCACUAAAUAAUCGAGUAGUAAAACUCCAAGAAAUGGGAGAAUUUAAGAAAUAAUGGAAAAGACCAAAUAUAAUUUAUUUUCCCAUUAAUUUAUAAGGAUUGGGGAAGGAAUCUUUUCCAACUCCCAUAUCGGGUGUUCAUGAUGUUCUUGUUAGUUGGAGGACCAAGCGUGAACAGCCGGUCCUCCAACCCUUUGGGGUGACUGAGUGGUGGGGCUGGAUCUGGAGCUCCCCUAUUGGCUGAAACUCUGCCUCACUUGGAAACUUUUUGUGAUUUUUAAACAGAAGGAACCCUGUGGGCCUGGAGCAGACAUUUCACGGCUUUGUUUACAUUUUAAACCAGGCAGAUUGCCUGUGAUUGGCAUUGACCUGAAAAAUUAACCACCUAAUGGCUGAUGCCUAUUUUGUUGAGUUGAAACAGGUACAGCAUCUGUACAUGUUUUGCCUGUCAACAAAUAACAGGGUCUUGUGUACUAACACACAGAUUCCAGUGCAUGCAAAUGGACCACACUGUGAGCUGGACUGACAACUCUAAAUUGAUUGUCAGUGUAAUUCUUAGCAAUUAGCAACUGUAAUUAAUAACUAUGAAAUAUUUUGAAAAUGUUGUCAAAUUGCACAAUUGCAUGUCAUACUGUCAUUUGCAUUUUACAAUCAUGGACUAGUUGAGUGUGAUCAGUAUCUUGCCGUUGCAAACAUUCAAAAGGAAAUGCUGUUUGACAUGAUCAGCCAGUCUUUGGGAUUAUGGCAGACAUGCCUAGCGUCACACAUAUCUCAUAUUACAUAGUUAUGUGAAUGGCAGAACAAGCAUUCCAGUACUGUUGAACACCAGUCCUGUAAUUCUGAAUGGCAGGGGCAGUUUGAAUCAGCUGGUUUCAUUUAAUGCCCAAAAAUUUAAGAUACCUUGCCAUUCCUGGGUAAUCUGAGGUACACAGGGCACUUCUGAGGUUGAAAUGUGACAGCUUCUUGUUUGUCAUUUGGUGUAAGUGUGGAACGAGAUUCACUCACUCAUCCAAUCUGCUAAGACACCAGCCAAUUCACAAGUUACUUCCGUGACAGAAAUUUGCUGUUAAGCACAUUUGGGGAUGAACAGUGUUAAUUGAGGCCAGUUUGUGAUAAUAUUGGAUAAAUCUCAUUCCAGUUAUAGGGAUUAAUAUUCUCAAUAAAAGUCAAAUAAUUCAAAUAUAUUAAACAUACAGUAUGUUUAAACUACUACAACAUUUGUAGUACAAUUGACUUGCUGUUAAAACAAGGCCUGUCUGCUGUAGUAAUGCAAGAAGUGAUUGGAAAAGGUUUUCCAGUUGGUUACUUUUCAGACCUAGUCAACCCCAUAGAUUGACAAAUACCUCCAUGUACUCAACAUAUGUUCAGUAUUCACUCUUUAUUUCAUCACAGAGUACCUCAGAGUUUAAUUCAAUAAAUCUUCACAUCCAAUAUCCUGCCAUGACAUUAUUAACGUGGGGCCAAGUUAACUCAGAAAUAAUGCAACAGCUGAAGAAAUACAACGUUUGUACAUCUCUAAACACUUAAACUCCAGUCAGAUGGUUGACAGGGAGCUGAUGAUAUGGUCAAGAUCAGUGUCUUGCCUGCCGCGUUCAUCAUCAAGCUCUCCACUCCUGUUCACUCUCUAGUCACUGCUCAAGACAAUUUGGCCAAAUCAGAUUGUUCCCAUGGCUGGGAUCCCACUCCCUUUCGCUACUCAUCAGACUCAGGAUCAUCAGAUCAGUUUCUUCAACCCUCCAAAAAACCUCUGCUUGCUCCCUGGUACAGGCAGUGGAAAAGAUGGUGUUACACAUUUUAAUACACCAGGGCCAACCACCCAUUCUUUAUAUUAUUUAUGGACAGUAAAGUAACAUUUAAACCAUUAAAAGGAGCUAACCAGUGAGACCAAACAGGAAAGUCCACAUGAUAAAAUUAAAGAUCGAAGUACAGCGGAUCUAGGGUAACUUGAUAAGUUAGAUACAAAAUUGGCUGACUGGUGAGACAGUGGGUGAUGGGAGGAGGCUGUGUGUGUGACUGGAGGCCAGUGUCCUGUGGUGUACCAUUGGGAUUAAUACUAGAUCCCUUGCGUAAUCUUAGCCCUCGUCAUUUCCAAAAACCAAGUCUAGGCGUACAACCUUACUCGCUGGACUGAAAACAUAUUUUGGAUUAAAAUCCUCAUUUACAGCAUUGUGGGUGUCUCCAAACCAAACGCACACGAGCUCACUGCCACCAUGUCAAGAUCAUUUGAGGACAGGCAGCAAAACUUAGCCCAGUUAAUAAAGUGCAAAUCCAUGAAUGAAUAAAACAAUGCUGUUGAACAGUUCCCUGAAAAUAUUUAGGAAUUCUUGUACUUUACACUUAUUUCUAUACUAUUUUGUUUUAGGUUAUAUUGAUUGCCAUCCCAAUUCACUCUCACAGCAUAGCUAACAAUUUCACCAAUGGGAAUAUCUUUACCCACCAUCCCGUGCGGUAGUGAAUGUCUCCCCCUCACCUUAGCAAGUUUCUUCUUCCUUGGAAUGAAUUUCUGCAGUGUCUCUUGAAUUAUCCCAAGAAACCUGUGCCAUUAUGCUCCAUUGGCUCCUUUUCAUCAAGAAUGUGUUAAUUCCUGAAAGGAUGACGAUAAAUUAUUUAAAGUUGAUUUCUUCUUACCGAACCACUGACUGCUUACCUUAAAAUUUGCUCCAUGCCCUGCUAUGUCAUCUUUGAUCAUAACAUACAUCACAGGGAAUACGUUAUAAGUUAAUUGGUGUGCAGUUACCUGCAUUCACUGUCUAUACCCAUUUGAAUAAAGGAUUUAAAUUUCUUUGUUUUCCAAUCUAUGAAUCUUCCCCAAAUCAAGGGAAUUUUCAAAUCCAAAACCAAAACUAACACAUCAACUCUCUGGUCAUUUCCUUUCAAUUCCAGGAUACUGUCUAUCAGGACUAAGCGUGUCUCAGCAUGUAGCUCCUCCAAUUCACUCAAUAUGUUUCUCUGGUGAUUGUAAUUUUCUUCAGUUCCUCCGUUUCCUGAUUAAUUCCUGCUUAUUGAAUAAGGCCAAUGAAAAAUACCCGUUCAAUUCACCUACCAUCUAUUUGUUUUCUAUUAGCAAUUCGUCAGGCUUUUCUCCUUUAGUCCAGACACUUCCUUUCUGAACUUUGUUUGAAAUAUGCAGAGAAACCGCUAAACUGUCUUCGUAUUUUGCUUAACUUUGUCUCCUACUCUUUUUUUCCCUCCUUAUUAAUCUUGAAAUCAUUCUUUGCCAUUUUAUACCCUCUGUCUUGUCUAAUCUGCCACCCAUACUUCAGCAAUUGCAUGUUUUUUUGUAGUUGACAUCAUCUUAAAUGGAUUUUAUAGUUACCCGCAGAUGCUGUCGUAUUUCCUCCAUUUUUUCCCAGUUUCCUAUCCUCCAAUGUCAUGAAUCCUUCAAUAUCCUGCUCCAAAUCCAUGUCAUCCUGUAACCAUAUCUGUGUGAUGAUUACUGGAGCAUACUUAUUGACUUGGAACUUUUCUUUCUCACUCAA